GAACUAUCCCCUGUGUCCCCCUCAUUUUCUCAGCUGCUUUCUUACUCUCUCUUCUACUGCAAAUCUGAAGAGGAAUUCCCCUUUCGUUUCUGGGUUUUUCGAGAAUGUCUCGCGGGAAGAAAAGCAAUUCGCUCCCUCCGGCCACCCCCGCCUUCUUCCUCCUCUCUCUCCUCCUCGCCGCCGCCGCCUCCUCCUCCUCCUCCUCCGCCCGUGCGGCGGCGGCGGCCCAGAGCCCCAUCCGGACGGUGGUCGUCCUGGUGAUGGAGAACCGGUCCUUCGACCACAUGCUGGGGUGGAUGAAGCGUCUCAACCCGGCGAUCGACGGCGUGGACGGCUCCGAGUCCAACCCGCUCUCCACCUCCGACCCCAAGUCCACCCGGUUCCACUUCGACGACAGCUCCCACUACGUGGACCCGGACCCGGGCCACUCCUUCCAGGCGAUCCGGGAGCAGAUAUUCGGGUCCAACGACACGUCGGCGGACCCUCCCCCGAUGGACGGGUUCGCCCAGCAGGCCUUCUCGAUGGACCCCUCCCUGAACAUGUCUAAGGAUGUCAUGAACGGGUUCGACCCGGACAAGGUCGCCGUCUACAAGGCCCUCGUCUCCGAGUUCGCCGUCUUCGACAGGUGGUUCGCGUCCGUGCCGUCGUCGACCCAGCCGAACCGCCUCUACGUGCACUCAAGCACGUCGGCCGGCGCGACCAGCAACAUCCCCGCCCUCCUCAUCAAAGGCUACCCGCAGCGCACCAUCUUCGAGAACCUCGACGACGCCGGGCUCUCGUUCGGGAUCUACUACCAGAACAUCCCCGCCACGCUCUUCUACCGCAACCUCCGGAAGCUCAAGUACCUCACCAAGUUCCGCCCGUAUGCCCCCUCCUUCGCGGCGGACGCGAGGCGGGGGACCCUCCCGAACUACGCCGUGGUGGAGCAGCGCUACAUGGACACCAAGCUGGAGCCCGCCAACGAUGACCACCCGUCGCACGACGUGUACCAGGGGCAGAUGUUCGUGAAGGAGGUGUACGAGACGCUCCGGGCGAGCCCGCAGUGGAACCAGACCCUGCUCGUGAUCACCUACGACGAGCACGGCGGGUUCUUCGAUCACGUCCCCACGCCGGUCCGCGGGGUCCCCAGCCCAGACGGCAUCGUGGGGCCCGAGCCGUUCAACUUCCGGUUCGACCGGCUGGGAGUGAGGGUCCCCACCAUUGCGGUUUCGCCUUGGAUCGAAAAGGGCACUGUUGUCCAUGGGCCGAAAGGGUCGCCCUCUCCGACAUCGGAGUAUGAACAUUCCUCGAUCCCCGCUACGGUCAAGAAGCUUUUCAACCUCAACGCGCCUUUCCUCACUAAGCGAGACGAAUGGGCCGGCACGUUCGAGGGCAUCGUGCAAACACGCACUCAGCCGAGAACCGACUGUCCAGAGAAACUCCCGACUCCAGUCAAGAUCAGGAACGGCGAGGCUAAGGAAGAUGCCAAGCCAAGCGAAUUCCAGCAGGAGCUCUUGCAGCUCGCAGCGGUGCUGAAAGGCGAUCACAUUUUCACAAGCUCCCCCGAGAGAUUCGGGAUGGAGAUGACCGUCAAAGAAGCGAAGGAGUACAUGGAGGAUGCAGUCAAGAGCUUCCUUGAGGCGGGUCUUUAUGCCAGGAAAAUGGGUGUUGAUGGAGAGCAGAUUGUGAAGAUGAGGCCUUCACUCACCACAAGACCAUCAAAACCCUAAAACACACACACACAGCCUCCCCCAAGGAGCAGAUGCUAUACAUAAGCAGAGCAGAAAUGCUUGAUCAUUGUA